UUGUCCAUCAUCCAUUUUCAUUUCGCAAACUCAAAAAACGACGGAAAAGAAAAAGAAAUUUCUUUUUGUCGGUUAAAAUAAAUCUUCUUCCUGGAUAAUGUGAGUGUUUAUACGUUUAUGUACUCAGUGGUUGCUCUAAUUAGAUAAAUAAACUCAACUCUGCAAGAAAGGACGAUUAUACGGUGAAAGAAAAUUAAAUUUAACUGGAACAGAGAACUGCAGCUAAAAUUUGACAACAUGGAGGAUGAAAAUGAGUAUAAAAAGUUGCCAACGGAAGAUAAAUGUGUCCACAAACUUUGGAAGGCCCGCGUUGCUGGGUACGAGGAGGCUAUCAAACUUUUCAACCAGAUUGAUGAUGAGAAAUCUCCAGAAUGGAACAAGUAUUUGGGUCUGAUCAAGAAAUUUGUCACUGACAGCAAUGCAAUGGCACAGGAAAAAGGUCUAGAAGCGGCGUUAGUAUUCGUGGAAAACUGCGGUAAUGCCGGCAAAACAGUUGGCGAGGUGAUGUCCGGGAUCGUCGCCAAAUGCAUCGCCGCGCCCAAAACGAAGACCAAAGACCUGGCACUGCAAGUCACAUUAAUGUAUGUAGAAAUAGAAAAACACGAGAUUGUAGAAGACGAGCUACUUAAGGGCAUGGAGCAGAAGAACCCCAAAGUUGUGGCGGCGUGCACGGCGGCGCUCAAUUCCGCGUUAAAACAGUUUGGAAACAAAGUGAUCACAAUCAAACCUAUGGUGAAGAAAAUACCAGUGCUUUUAGCGGACAGAGACAAGACUGUACGAGAUGAGAUGAAGGCUCUUGUUAUUGAAAUGCACAGAUGGAUCGGCGCAGCCAUAGAGCCGCACAUAGCGUCCCUACAAGCGGUCGUCCAGCAAGAACUUCGGGAGUCGUUCGCGGGCGCGGGGGGUGGCGCGCAGCCUUUGCGAUAUCUCCGCUCUCAGCAACAUCGGGUGCGGGACACCAACGUCGCUUCCGACUGCGCUGACGGCGCUGCCGAUGACGAUGAUGCAGACAUAGCCGGCGGCGAUUCUGCUGACUUGGACCCCUACGAACUCUUCACUCCUGUGGAGAUCUUAUCCAAGAUUCCAAAGGACUUCUAUGAUAAAUUGGAAGCUAAGAAGUGGCAAGAGAGGAAGGAAGCUUUGGACUCCCUGGAAGCCAUAUUGAAGACUGCCCCGAGAUUGGAGCCGGGGGAUUAUGCGGACCUUGUCAGGGCUUUGAAGAAGAUAAUAUCAAAAGACACAAACGUAAUGAUAGUGGCCCUUGGCGGCCGUCUCCUGGGAAUGGUCGCGAGCGGAUUGCGCGCCAAAUUCAGUCCGUACGCGGUGGCGUGCGUGCAGGCCAUACUGGAGAAGUUCAAGGAGAAGAAGACUAACGUUGUCACCGCUUUGAGAGAAGCCAUCGACGCUAUCUAUCCUAGUACGAACCUGGAGGCGAUAAUGGAAGACAUGAUAGCGGCGUUCGACAACAAAAACCCGCAAAUAAAGGCGGAAAGCGCCCUGUUUCUGUCCCGCGCGCUGUGUGUGACGCAGCCAGCCAACUUCAACAAAAAAAUUAUGAAGGCCUACGUCGCCAGUCUGCUCAAACUUCUCGAAAGCGCUGAGCCGGUAGUGCGCGACGCGGCCGCCGAGGCGCUGGGCACCGCCAGCAAGCUGGUGGGCGACAGGAACAUCGCGCCGCACAUCGGGAAACUGGACAACCUCAAGGAGCAGAAGAUCAAGGAGUUUGCGGACAAGGCGGAAAUCAAAGUGAAAGUGUCGGUAGCCAAGAAAGAUCUGAAGCCCAAAGCUUCAGCGGCCGGUAAGGGGGACUCCAAGCCCGCUGCGGGCUCUGCACAGCCCAAACCUGUUAAACGCCCCGCUUCAGGUCCCGCAAAGAAGCCGACGGUGACAAAGAAGUCAGGCUCCCGCUCACAAAGCAGCCCGCCGCGGGAACAGGAGCUGUCGCCGGAGGAAGUGGACGCCAGGGCCGAGGCGCUGUUUGCUGUCGACGUGCUCAAUGGACUCGGCGACGGCAAUUGGAAGAAUCGCCUCACAGCCGUGCAAAGCUUUCUGUCCACUGUCCAGGGGCUGUCGGCGAGCGACGCCGGGGCGCAAGUGUUGUAUCGCAUACUGAACAAGAAGCCUGGCCUCAAGGACACCAACGUGCAAGUGAUGAAGGCCAGGCUAGAGGCUUGCAAGUAUAUCACGGAAAACUUCCCUGUUUCCACUGUGGCAGCAGACUUCGUCCUACAAGAUGUGAUAGCGAAGCUCGGCGAGGCGUCGUGCGCGGCCAUCGCCGCCGAGUGUCUCACGGCGCUGGCGGACGCGAGUGGCCUGGACCACGUGCUCAACGAGGGGCUAGGGUUCGCCAUGGACUCGCAGAGGAACCCCAAAGUGCAGUCUGAGAUGUUCGCCUGGAUGGCCAACGCGGUGAAGGAGUUUGGCUUCGACAUGAAAGUGACGUCCAUAAUCGCGCACUCGAAGAAAGCCCUGUCCGCCACAAACCCGAACGUGCGGACAUCGUGCGUCACUUUCCUCGGAAUAUUGUCCCUCUACGUCGGGCCGUCGCUGGUGAACCACUUCGACAGCGAGAAGCCGGCCACCAAGCAGCUGAUCAGCUUGGAGAUCGACAAACAUGCCAAUAGUACACCCCCCACGCCUACAAGGCAUCCCGCUACUGCGGUCAGUAAGUCCGCCAGCAAAGGGUCAAUGGGCGACGACAUCGAGGAAGUGUACGAAGAUGCGGCGGAAGACGAGCCCGCCGCCGCCGACGACGCCCGCCCGCGGACCGACAUCGCGCCGCUCAUCACCGAGGCCUUGGUCGCUGAGAUCAACGACAAGAACUGGAAGGUCCGCAAUGAAGCCCUAGAGAAGGUGAAGAGCAUUAUAGCGUCGUCAUCUCCGAUCAAGUCAUCACUAGGAGAGUUACCAGCAGCGCUGGUGGCGCGGCUGCUGGAUUCCAACUCGAAGUUGGCACAAAGCGCUUUGCAGAUUUGCGAAGCCCUGGCCGUAGCUAUGGGGAGCAAGUGCAAGCAGCAUGUCAGGACUUUCUUCCCUUCGUUCUUCCAAGCGCUGGGCGACAGCAAGCAGUGGAUCCGGUCGUCGGCGACGUCGUGCCUGCGCGCGUGGUGCGCGUGCGCAUGCGCAGGUCCGGCGGCGGCGCUGGACGCGGACAUGCUGCGCGAGGCGCUGGCUGCGGGCUCGCCUGCGCUGCGCGCCUCGCUGCUGCUGUGGCUCGCCGAACAUCUGCCCGCCGUGCCACCAAAGUCGUUCCCCCGCGAAGAGUUAUCGUCGUGCGUGCCCUUGCUGUUCUCGUGUAUCGAGGACCGCGCGGCGGACGUGAGGAAGGCGGCCGCCGACUGCGUGCUGCCCUUCAUGCUGCAUCUCGGCUACGACGCGCUGCACAAACAGAUGGACAAAAUUAAGCCUGCAUCUAAACCGGUAAUUCAAGCGGCGUUGGACAAGGCUCGUCCUAACUUGCCGGUACAGCCGCUGCCAGCGAAGGCCAAGAAGGACGACGCGAAGGGCGUCAAAACUGGUGGAGCACUCAAGAAGGACGCUGAGAAGAAAGCAGUGCCUGUCAAGGGAAAGGUACCAGUGAAGCCCGGCUCUGCAUCGAAUCGCAAACAGAAAGAUGACGAAGAUUGCACUCCAUUGCUCCCUAACAAUAACGCUAAAAACCAGCGCAUUAUUGACGAUCAGAAGUUGAAAGUACUGAAAUGGAACUUCACAACGCCCCGCGAGGAAUUCUUCGAGCUUCUCAAGGAGCAGAUGGCCACUGCGGGACUCAAUAAGCAGCUUGUGGCCAAUAUGUUCCACAAUGACUUCAGAUAUCAUCUAAAAGCCAUCGAGGCCCUCUCCGAAGACCUGAACGAGAACGGCUCAGCAUUGAUGGCCAACUUAGACUUGGUCCUCAAAUGGCUGACCCUGAGGUUCUUCGACACCAACCCUUCUGUCAUCCUCAAGGGCCUGGAGUACUUGUCGUUCGUGUUCCAUUACCUCAUCGAAGCCGAUUAUACCAUGGCCGAGUAUGAGGCUAACUGCUUCAUACCCUACUUGGUGCUAAAGGUGGGAGAUCCAAAAGACACAGUGCGAAACGGUGUCAAGGCGCUAUUCAAACAAAUCUGCGUGGUUUACUCCGUGACCAAGCUGUUUGGAUAUUUAAUGGAGGGGCUCAAGUCCAAAAACGCAAGGCAGAGGACCGAAUGCCUAGAAUGCAUCGGUCACUUACUAGAGACGUACGGGGCCAGCGUGAUGUCCCCAGGCGGGGGGUCACUCAAGGAGCUAGCGAGACAUAUAGGGGACAGGGACAAUGCCGUGCGGUCGGCUGCCUUGAAUUGUGUUGCCAGCGCGUACUUCCUCGAGGGGGAGAAGGUGUACAAGAUGAUUGGACAGAUCUCGGAUAAGGACCUGUCGCUACUGGAGGAGCGAAUCAAGCGAGCGGGCAAGUCUCGCAGCGCCGAGGUGCGGCGGUCGAUGGUUGUGCCCUUGUCUGCUUCCGGGCGGCCUAUACUGCAACAGCAAGAGGAGGAGCCACCUCGCCGCGUUAUUUCAGUUGAGGCGUCGCCAGCCGAUUACGAGGAAGAAGAAGAAGAGGAGAUGGCGCCACCGCCGCCUCAGCCAGCAGCACCGGAGCCCAAAACAAUCUCAGGUCCGUUCGGCUUGGACCCCGAGCUGAUAGCGCAGCUGGACGCGGCCGUGCCCGUGCUGCGGCGGCCGCAGCUGCCUGAGCUGGAUCUCAAGUUCCUGGACGAGCCCAUACCGGUCGCCAACCAUAGCGCGCAUAACAUCACUCCCGCUGUUCGACAGAGUAUGGUGCCGAUGUCGCCCCCGCGGCAGCCGUCCCACCCGCUGCCGCACGCCGCGCCGCAGCCCAGUGUGGACGACUCCCAACUCGCCGAUACUAUACAUUCCAUCGCCAGCCCCGACCUCAAUGCGGCGAUCCGCGCUCUGUCGCUGAUCUCGGGGGCGCUGGUGUCGGGGCGCGGCGCGGCGCUGGCGAGCCACGAGGCGCGGCUCGUGGGCGCCGUGGCCGCGCAGGUGCGGCGGCUGCGUUGUGGCGCCGCGCAUCUGUCGCCGCAUGAGACCGCGCCCGCCUACAAGUACCUCGCCACUGCGCUCACUACGUUCUACGAGACGGCGGGUUGCGGGGCGCACGUGGGCGAGGCGGCGCUGUGCUCGCUGCUCGGGGAGCUGCUCAGGGUGCUGGGCGGCGCGGGCGCGGGGGCGGGGGCGGGGGCGGGGGCGGGGGCGGGGGCGGGCGCGGGGGCGGGCGCGGGCGCGGGCGCGGACGCCGAGCGGCUCGUGCGCGUGCUCAACAACGUGUGUGUGCGCGUGCUCGAGCACUCGCCGCGGACCUGUCUGCUGUGCGCAAUCGUGUCACUUCUACACGAGUCGAUAGGCGUAUCGGACCCCGCGUACCCCCGCUACCAGGACUUACUCCUCAAAUGCUUCUGGAAGACCCUCAAAAUGAUAUCAACCUGGGAUGUGGACUCGAUAGACUACGACGCAGUCUUAUACAAAAUACAUCUGUUUUACAAAGCGUACCCGAACAGCUAUUGGAAGAAAAAUCCGGAUAUAAGUGACACGCCGUACAGAACGGUGAAAACAUUGGUGCACACUUUAGUCAAAAUGAAGGGUUCUUCAAUCACGAACCAUCUUACACAGAUCCCUGACGUCAACGAGUCCGAUCUCUAUCCCUACUUACUCAAAGUUCUCAAGCAACUGAAAUUGGACGAGAAAAAAGAAAACACAGCGGACGCCCUCAACGGCAGUUCUAUAAUGGGUGGAGUGGGCAUCGGCGCCGCACUGAGCGGCAACGUGGCGCUCUCCGCCGGGAGGCUGCCCAGGGGCGUGCACGAGGAGCUGGCGCUCAUCUUGAAGAGGAUCGGGAGUAAGGAGCACAACAAAGAUGCGCUGUCUCAGCUGUAUGACUUGCGGGAGCGGCAUCCAGAAGUAGACAUUUGGACGUUCAUGCAAGGCUCGUCGUUCUACUUCCGCAACUACGUGGAGCGAGGCUUGCGGGAGGUGGCCGAGCAGAGGAAGAUGGCCACUAUGCCCAUAUACAAACACGACUACAAAAACGACAAUAUUGAUAUAAGCAAUGAAAACGAUGAGAAAUCACACGUCAUAUUCUUGGAAAGACUGCGAGCUUUACAGGCUAAAGCGGGCCUGAAGAGCGAGUCCCCGCCGACGUCGGUGCCGCGGUCGCCGGCCGCCGGCCGCGCGCUCGCCGACUGCCUCAACGACAACUCCCUGCCGCGGUCGCACACCAUCGACCCGCAGCUCGAGCUCCACACGACCCAGCCGAUGUCACAAAAGAACGAAGCGGCCGUGGACGCUCUACGCCUCAAGCUGCAACAAAUCAAAAGCUCCUCCAAGAGAUAAAGUCUACAACACACUUGGCAGCUCUCUCCAGCGGUUCCACUCAUUUAUUUCCCAAACCGCCACGCGUUGUACCGAGGAGUCUCGAAUAAACUUUACAUUGUCAGAAAAUACUUGCUAGCAAGUGAAUUUCUCCCGGUAUAUUCGCGCCUUUAUUUAUUAUAAUCAGUAUAAUUUAGAAUGGCGAUACUGAAGUUAGUCACUUGUGCGUUGCAGUAGGUCAUGCGGGGUGUUUUUUUUACACGACUGUUUAUUUAUUAAAGCUGAUAACCUGAUAAAAGGUAACCUAUGUUACUCCUGAACGUCUAGUCUGUCUCUGUGCCAAAUUUCAUCAAAGUAGUCCAGAGUAGUAACGAAAUUAAAAAUUAAAUCUUUCCUCUUUAUCAUAUGGCGGAUAGCACGCCACAUCAUUCCCCCAACCAGACCAUAACUACGGUCGAUAAAAAUCUGGUAGCUUCACUCUUCUACCGCUGUGAGUUUUUCUUUCUUCAAUCAUAUCAGUAUUAGAGAUUAUGUCUUUGGGGACGUCAACUAAUUUACACAUUUAUAUUUACUUUGCAGUUUCAGACUGUCAUUGGGGUGCUGGUUGAUUGCCAACUAUAAAUUGGGGGUUAUCGCAGCUAACUUCAGUCCCGCCAUCUUGUAUGAUUGUCACUGUAAAUCUCAACAGUUUCAUACAUCGAGUAUUUGUUUGAAACCUCGACUCUUAACUCUAGUCUGAAAAAAUCUCGAAAUACUCGAUUUGUAACACUGUUUUGUUGAAAUUUACUUCACGAGCCAUUAUCAUUAGUUCCUAAACUAUUUAGUAUUAAAUUCCCAAUUGAUUUGAUGGCCUAAAUGUGUCUUCUGUAGAAACGUCCAUUGUUGUGACCCUUGCCACGAUACUCGUGACAAAACAGCUGAACAGUAUCGCUAAAGACAGGGUAAAUAUGCUUUUAUAAAUCUUUCGCCGUCUUAUGAAAAGUUGGAAACGUCAAAACGUGUUUUUAGUUGAAACUUGUUUUUAGUUGAAACUUGUUUUGUUCUUUCAAGGUCAAAUAUUUGAAAAAGAAAACAUAUUUUUUACAAAAAAUAAGUUUUGAGCGUUUUUAUGAAUAAGACUGUCGAUCAUUGUCUCUUGGUAAGGGGUUGUUUUCUUGUUAUUCUUAGCCCUCGGUUUUCGUAUCGAAUUAUUCGUUCUUUAUCGAUAGCCAUGUUGUUAAUGUUGAUACUGUUAAAUCACAAACACCCGGUGUUAAAAGUCAGGUUGUCUAUGUUGACAUAGAAGUCAUAACAAUAUGGUAAUUGUAUAUUCUGGAUGUAUAAAAUUCUUGUCAUUGCCAUGUCACUAAUCACAUGAGGUUCAAAAGUUAGAAAACAAUUUGAUAUUAUUUUUAAAAAACCCUUAAGAGAGAAAGCGUGUAUACUUACUUACAUAUGUUUGAAUAAACGCCAGAUAUUGGCUAAUGUAAUGGAAAAGAAAUUCGUGUCGUUUUGUAUGUUAGAUUAUGAAUUAACAUACAUUGUUAGUUAUAGAAAGCUAUUCUAACAUAAGCACAUAAUGCAUCUAUUUACAUAACCAGCGAACGAAUUAAGAUCUGUAUACAUACAUGGGAAUAAUAGAUCAAGAGCAAACAUGCCCUAUAGAUAUAAUAUGAUUACAGUUUGUCACUAACUUAUACAUUGUCUAUUGUAGUUAAUCCAUUCAAUAUAUUAUAUCUUGUAUUUACAAGAUCUGAAGAAAAUGUAUGACAUUCAUAACAUAAUUGUGCUAUCUCUAUGUAGUGUCCAGUGAGCUGUAAUUACUUUCUUUGUUCAGUAAAACUUGUAAUCAAAUAUGUUAACAUAGCAAAAUGAUAUAAAAACUAUGUGAUUAGAACAGGUAGUGAGAGUUAUAUACUAGUUUUUUACGAGGCAAUGUUGUUUUCAUUCUCCAUGAAAACCAUCUAUUGUCUAUAGCUGCUAGUGAUGUAACGGGUAAAGUUUUCGGGGUUUAUGUCUGUUGGCGACAGUCAAUUUGCCACAUCUUUGUCAGUUACACACAUUGAUAAAAUAUAAACAUUAUUUUUUUUAUGACGAAUUGACUGGCAAAUCAACAGAGGCCCAGUUUUUUGGUUGGAUGAUUUUAAGACUGUUAUUAGCGUUUGCGACGUUAAGCAAUACUCAUUUAUUCUAAUAAUUGUUUAGAAUUCGACUUUAAUUUACGUUUGUGUUUGUAUUUUGAGUUUAGUGUGAGAGGUCAUCCAGUAGGUUUGUCAGAAAACUUUAUAGCUGAGAUGAGGCCAUUUUAACAUGUUAUACCACAAAAUUAUUAUUGUAAAUCCUAACAUUCCCUACAGUAUUGAUUUCUAUGUACAAAAUUUUUAACAUAACUGUUCAUGUUCAUCGUCAUUAAGAUUCGGCCAUAUUAAAUUUAUGCUUUAUUAUUUUUAUUAGGGAAAAUAUCGAUCGGCAAAUCUGGCAUCCAAAUAUAAUUUGAUUUUUGGACAAAUCAAUUCAGUACCGGUCGUACUGAAUUGAUUUGUUCAUCAUGUAUUGCGAUCGUCAUUUUUAAAAGCUAUGUUCAAAUGAGAGUAUUAAAUUGACUUGGCUAGAAAAUACAACUAACGGGUUUGUUGUUCAAAAAUGAAAUUAACUGCAGACUGGUGAGGAUCGUUUCAUAAAUUGACGAGAAACCUUUUUUAUUUAUAAUUUUGCAACAGCAGUAGCAUAUUGGAAAAUAUCAUUGAAUUAUUUAUGUCAUUAUUUGAAUGCCAUUCUUAAAUAAAUAGAUCCCUGAUAUUUCUAAAUUAAGCCUUAUCUUUGUAAUAACUUCGUUUAUGUUCGAAUUUUCAUCAUUAGGUUAGCAUAUUCACUCUAGUUUUAAUUUCGCUUUUUAUUACUAGUAAUUUGACAUUUUAUUAUUGUGAGCAUUUAUUUAUUUCGUGUAAAUUAAUAUUAUAAAUCAUGAUGUAAUAAUAAAUAAAGUUCAUGCAAUAUUGUAAA